AAAGGGAGAGAGAGAGAUGCAAUCUGUGAUGAUACAAGAUCUUCCUUCCUUCUCAAUUAAACUUAGAGCUAACGAAAACAAAAACCAUGACCAACUUUUCCUCAGUCUUCACACCUAUCUAGCUAGCUUUAACUCUUCUAGCUUUUUCAAGACUUAAAAUUAGAUGCAAUCUAAACAUUCACCAAUAGAAACUAGAAAACCCCUUUUGUUUCUUAUAAAACCUUGUUACAUUUUCUUCCUCUCAUCUCAUCUCUCUCAAAGACUCUUCCACAUACUGUGUUAUACUCUAGCUUCUUCCAAGCAGCUCCAUAUCUCUCUUUCUUUCACAUAUCAGCACAUAGAAAGAAAAGAGAGAGAGAUAGCUUGAUGAUAUCUAUGAGUACUAUACAUGUGAAUUAUGUUUUGAUCUCAUGUUAGUUGUAACGUCACUAAGUAAACAAGAACAACUAAAAGUAGAUUAGAAAAAGUGGAUAAUCAUAGAAGGCAUGGUAAAAGGCAACUUCCACCCGAAGAAGCAUCGGAAGAGAAAGAACAACAUCAACAUCAUCAGAUGAUGAGUAACAUCAGUAGCAACUAUGCUACUGCAGCUUCCAGCAACACAUCUCGUAGAUCUGAGCAGCAAGACAUGACGGCCAUGGUGUCGGCCCUUUCUCGCGUCAUCGGUACUAAUAAUAGUCCUUAUGAUCAGCAGCAUCAUAACUACAUACAAACAGCAGCCAGCGGAGUAAGGCAAGCCCCGUUAUUCUCUGGUAGUCAGGAUCAACACGAUCCGUCACUACUGAUGGCAGCUAUGAACCAGCAGCAACAACAGCAGCAACAUGAUGACCAAGGGAAUCAGAGGAGAAGGCAUUACAGGGGAGUAAGACAAAGACCGUGGGGGAAGUGGGCAGCUGAAAUACGUGAUCCGAAGAAAGCAGCUCGUGUCUGGCUUGGAACAUUCGACACGGCUGAAGGUGCUGCUCUUGCGUACGAUGAAGCUGCUCUCAAGUUCAAAGGUACCAAAGCUAAACUCAAUUUUCCUGAAAGGCUUCAAUCAUCACCAUCAUUACCUUCUGGGAGAAACACAAGUGCAACAACUACUACUGGUGCUAGCCCUGCAACUCAUCAUGAAUCAUCAUCGACCUACUCAACUAGCAGCAGUCAUUUUCCUCCCCAAGGAGGAACGGUAUCGUAUCCAUUCAGUGGACCAACGCCAACUUUCUAUCACCAGAGUGAUCAACAAGCGGGGACAAUGGACUCCGACCUUUAUCAUUAUGCACAACUUCUAUCUAGCAGUGGAGAUGAAGAUUUCCACCAUGUUGCAGCACAUUUAUAUAAUAUCAACCAACAACCACCUAGCUUUGUUCAUUCAAGUACUGGAAGUAGCGCUACUUCGACCACACCAUCUUUGUACAAUCAGCAACUAGAGCAAGAGCGUCUUAGGAGGUUUUCGUCAUCGCAGUCAAGACGCUCAUUUUCAAGUUCUGAACCUCCCAAUGAUCCUGAUCAGCAUGGGGGUACAGGAGACAGAAGCAGAUAUUCAAGAGACUACUAGCAUCUUAGCUAAUUAGCUAUAGCUAGCUAGUGUAUUCAAGCUUGCGCAAAUGCAUCAAGAUAUCAGGCUAGCAAAAAUACUUUAGUCUUGUUCUUUGUAUUUUUUAGUUCCGUUGGGGUUCAUUUCCAUAGACCCCACAUCUUUCCAAGAAGGAAUAGAAAGAUUCGAACUCGUCGAGUAAUUUGAUCUAUAUGAUUAUGAUUAUAGUAUGUUAAAAUUUUGGUUAACUCUUGUUUCGCA